GCGCGAUGUCGCUGCCUGUGGUCCGGCUCGUUUGGCUUGGGCGGGUGCACUACUCGGAGCUGCUGGCGUUGCAGGAGCAUUGGCUACGGCGGCUACAGGCAGACCCUCGCCCUGGGACCCUGUCGGAGACCAAAGCGGGUGUGCUCUUGGUCUGCGAGCCAGCGGGGCCCGUAUACACAGGCGGGCUACGCGGUGGCCUGACACCCGAGGAGACUACGCGGCUGAGGGCCUUGGGCGCCGAGGUGCGCGCCACCGGCCGCGGCGGCCUGGCCACUUUCCACGGCCCGGGCCAGCUGCUCUGCCACCCGGUGCUUGACUUGCGGCUCCUAGGCCUGCGCCUGCGCACCCACGUGGCGGCGCUGGAGGCGUGCGCCGUGCGACUGUGCGAACUCCGGGGCCUGCAGGGCGCCCGCGCGCGGCCGCCGCCCUUCACAGGCGUCUGGCUGGGCGAGCGCAAGAUCUGCGCGAUCGGAGUCCGCUGUGGAAGACACAUCACGUCCCACGGCUUGGCUCUGAACUGUUCAACCGACCUCACAUGGUUUGAGCACAUUGUGCCUUGUGGAUUGGUUGGGACUGGAGUCACUUCCUUGAGUGAGGCGCUUCAAAGACUUGUCACUGUGGAUGAAGUACUGCCAUCUUUCCUUGUGGCAUUCAAGGAGACUUUCAAGUGCACAUUAAUCUCUGAGGACAGCCCCAGCUGAAGGACAUUCAUUCACCUUAGCCUUGGGAUGAUGGUUCUGCAAUAGAAAGCUUCUAGUCUGACUGAGUCCCUAGAACUACUCUGAUUCACUGACUAUGACAGGUCCUGAGCAAUUGCUCCCUGUAUCUCCUCACCUACCUCAGACGACAUUAUGAAAAAAGUCACAGGCUACCUAAAGCAUCCCCAUGACCAUUAACACCUGUUAAUGGAGACACUCCAGUGUUAUUAUCAACUGCCAUUUCCUAAUUACUUGCUACUUUUUCAGUGCUAACAGCAAUUGUAUCAGUUGUAUCUAACAGCAGUUUUGACUGUUAGGUUUUUUGAGUUCUGUGGGAACCAAAUCUCUGUGAGGCCCAGGGAAGUCUUUGUUCAGUAAAGGAGAAAGCCACUUCAAAAAAUAAAUAAAUAAAAUAGUUUUGCCUUUCUGGGUUGAAUGCCUCAAGUUUGAUAAUUUACCUAUUUUUGCUUGAGGUCAACAGAGAUGGGUUAGAGGCUUCAUAAAGACAAGGGUACUCCCUCCAUGCAUACAAAGGCUAGAGAGGAAAGAUUUUCCUAAGUGGGAUUCCUAGAUCUGUGUGCAUGUCAGGUCUGCUAAGAAGCAGAAAAUCUGUGAUUCAAGACAGCCAAGGAACACAUUACCUCAAUUCUCAUUGAUCGGGAAUUUGGAAGAAAUGGACUUCGGUUGGUUGGAGUCUUACCAGAGCUUCCAUUUAAAGGUCAGUUGUCAUUGGAAGGCUUAACUAUACUGGAGUUCACUUUCCAAGAUGGCUCACUCCAUUGUGAUUGCUUGGUUGCUUCUAGUUGUCGAUGAAAAGCCUCAGUUCCUCAUCAUGCAGACUCAUUAAAAAGGCUUUAAUGGUUCGAAGACAUUCGCCUCAAUUCAUUUAAAAAGGCUUUUUGAAGCAGUAUGACAUUAAUAUUUCAUAGUUUUACUGUCUUCAGUGAUUCAGUGCAUGCUUUAUACUUUCAAGAAGCCUCACGUGACUACCCACCCCCUAUUUAAGCCUGUGCCUGAAACCAUGUCUGCCUUCAUUUACUUGAUUUUUGACAAUGGUCUCAGCCCAGGCUGACCUAGAACAUGCUAUGUAGCCAAGGAUGACCUUGAACUCCCGAUCCUGUGUGAGCGCUGGCCUGUGCUAUUCUGUGUGUGAGCACCAGCCUGUGCUAUUCUGGGUCGUAGAGGAUAGCUACCUGGUGGCUGACUGAGUUGACCUUCCCGAGCCACAUCUUCACAGUAUAAAGCAGUGUGAAGGCUUCUGCCUAGGCAAGAGAGGAGUCACAUAGCCUAAUGGCAGGGAGCACACUGAGAAUAAUAUUA